CAUGAGCGACAUCCGGCACUCGCUGCUGCGGCGCGACGCGCUGAGCGCCGCCAAGGAGGUGCUCUACCACCUCGACAUCUACUUCAGCAGCCAGCUGCAGAGCGCCCCGCUGCCGCUCGUCGACAAGGGGCCCGCCGAGCUGGUCGACGAGUUCCUCUUCCAGGUGCCCAAGGAGCGCGGCGUCCCGCCCAAGAGAUUAAAUUCACUUCAGGAACUUCAACUCCUUGAGAUCAUGUGCAAUUAUUUCCAAGAACAAACCAAGGAUUCAGUCCGGCAGAUCAUUUUCUCAUCUCUCUUCAGUCCUCAAGGAAACAAAGCAGAUGACAACAGGAUGGCGUUACUGGGGAAGCUGGUUUCCAUGGCAGUGGCUGUGUGCAGAGUUCCUGUUCUGGAAUGUGCUGCCUUCUGGCUCCAGCGUACCCCUGCUGUCUACUGUGUGAGGCUCGCUCGGGCUUUGGUUGAUGACUACUGCAACCUGGUGCCAGGGUCCAUCCAAACACUGAAACAGAUAUUCAGUGCCAGUCCUCGAUUCUGCUGCCAGUUCAUUACGUCAGUCACUGCUCUGUAUGAUCUCUCUUCAGAUGACCUCAUCCCUCCUUCGGAGCUGCUGGAGUUGAUUGUUUCCUGGAUCUUUGAGGACCCCCGCUUGAUCCUCAUUACCUUUCUAAACACUCCUAUUGCAGCCAACCUGCCCAUAGGGUUCUUAGAGCUCACCCCACUCACGGGACUGAUCCGCUGGUGCGUGAAGGCCCCCUUGGCCUAUAAAAGGAAGAAGAAAGCCUCUCUCUCCAAUGGACACCCCCCCAGCAAAAUUGCCAAGGACUCAGCUGCAGGAGAUGACAAAGACUGCCAUCAGCUGUAUUCAAAACUGCAUUUAAGUGUCCUACAGGUUCUUAUGAUGCUUCAGGGGCACUUAACAGAGAAGAACCUUUAUGGACGCCUGGGGCUAGUGCCCUUUGACCACRUGGUUCCACUUGUUGAGGAAAUCAACAGGCUCUCUGAUGAACUCAACCCUCUCAAUGCGUCCAAAGAGAUCGAACUGGCCCUGGACAGGCUGGCUCAGGCUCUGCAGGUGGCCAUGGCAUCAGGAGCACUGCUGUGCACUAGGGAUGAUUUGAGGACUGUAUGCUCCAGGCUGCCACAUAACAACCUGCUCCAGCUGGUGAUUUCAGGCCCAGUACAACAACCAACCCACGGCCCUUUGCCACCAGGAUUUUAUCCACACAUCCAUACUCCUCCUCUGGGCUAUCCCGCACAYGCGGCGCACCCUGCAUUACCUGCACACCCGGCUCACCCAGCGCUCCCGGCUCACCCUGUACAAACAUUUAUCCCGGGAAUGACAUUCCCCUACAGACCUAUUCGCUAAAAACUCAACUGUAAAAUAGAACCAGUUUCCCAUAGUUUGAGAAAGCCUUGCAGAGGAAACCAAAAGUUUGGGGAACCACAUUUUUCUCCUUCAGUUUAAACCUGAGUAAUGCCUGCACUGAAGGAUCAGCCCUUGGGAGUAGUGACAACACAGACCAGUAGUCUGCAGAAUAUGAAGGCAGAUCCUAUAGGUGAAAGGAGGGAUGUGGAAAUAGACAAACAAGCUGAAAACCUCUGGAAUGUGUGGAAUUUAACCCACUUUGUUUCAUUUAAUCAGCCAAGAUUGUUAUAUUUCCUCAACGUGUGUUUCUUCUUUUUUUGGUAGCCCAUGUCUGUUUACUUCAUGGUGAGACCAGAUAAUCUGGCUCUCUGUGUAAGAGGGCCAGAAGGAAAGCCAUAAGAUUUUCCAAGCUAGUUCACUCCAGCCUAUUAAUUUCUUUGUAAAUGUUUGUGUCUAUAGCUACAGAGUUAGUGUACACUGUAUAUUUUUGGAACACAAAUGUUUGCUUCAGAAGCACAAACUAGAGUAAAACAGCACUGCCUAUGAAAGGAAAUUAUUUCAGAAGUGUAAAGCAAUUUUGCCCCUUAAUCYUUUUCCCCAGUGAUUAAAAGGCUCRGCUUGUUAGGCCUGUGCUAGAAAGGGAACAUAAUUCCUUUGCGUAGCAGAACUUGCUGCUUCAGCCACUACAAAAAAUAUGCAAUUGGGCCCAAUUACUAGAGCUUUUUCCUACUUUUUAUCUCUGCUGAGAUUCUAUGAGGCCCUUUUGCAGGGCAAAACAGC